GGGCCAUUACCGUCAUCUACUGGGUUGACGGUUUGGCAAGAGAAGAGGCAGUUACAGACUACAAUAAGGAGUAGUUUUAAGAGACGUUUAUCGUGGUCCGUACACCUUUCUGAACAAAAUAAGACUUAUUUUGUAAAGCUGACGCCGGAAGUACAGUCCACAGCCCUCGACGGGAGCAAACCGGCUGCUCUGUGACAGUGGCGGAGUUUUGAUGCUGGCAAACCGGGAAGAGGAACGCUCUGCCGGCGGCGCGCAGCCGGCGCUCCCGGGCCGGCGCACCGGGGAGGAGGCGCUCCCCGGCCGGCAUGCCGGAGGGCUUCUAUCCAGCCUGGUGGACUGGGAGCGGAGAGCUUGCAGGACUUUUGUCCUGUUUGCUGCAUCCAACGCGGCCAUCUGGUUGUCGGCCCGCGGCUGUUUGCGAGCGUACUGCCUGCUCGCCUUUGGGCUGCUUUUGAUGGUCGUCGUGGCGACGGUCAGGGACGUCAUCCCUUCCGCGAGCAAAGGAGACGAUCGCGUGAGCUGCGGCUUGUUGCCGAGCCGGGAGACGAUGGACCGAAAGUCGGGCUCGGAACUCCAAACGAGCGGUUCCAUGCGCCUGUUCCUGCAGGAGACGUCGGCUUUCAAGCGGCAGAACCCUGGCAAGUUCUGUUUACUGGCGUGCAGUUUCUGCACAUUCUUCGCCGUCCUCGGACGCUACAUUCCAGGGAUCGUCAUCUCCUACUUUCUCGUGUCGUCGGCAUUCCUGUGGCCCGUGCUGUCGUCUCCCGAGGCGUCCUUCUGGCUGAAGCCGCUUCUGCAGAAAGUGGACUUUGGCGUGGCGGCGUUGCUGCAGAAGAUAAAAGAGGAUCAUGAGAGAAGAAUCCUGAAGGCUGGGCUGGAGAAGGAGUCGGCAGAGUCGGACCUAUCGUCCAUGUUUCCCAAGCUGGACUCGGCGGCAUGUAAGGAGUUGUCAGUUUCGGACACGUCGGUGUCGGACGUGACGUGGACGGACAAUUUGAACCUGUCGGAGGAGACCACGCCGCAGACAGAGAACUCUGAAGACCUGGACAGAGAGGAAGUAUUCUCCGGGGGUCUCUACGACUUCCCCUCGGUGGACAACGGGGCAGCGACCAACGGCGAUGAUGACGAUGCCGCCGACGCCCUGGAGUUGGUCCAGUGCGCCGUCCGGGACGCCGUGGCUGCCGCCGUCCUGGAGCGGGCGGAAGCGGCCACGGGCUUCCGAUUCCCAAAGCCGAGCGAGGAGUCGGACGGCGAGGCCGACGACUUUGAGCUGCUGGACCAGGCCGAGCUUGACCAGCUGGGGGCGGAACUGGACCUCCCGGGAGGCGGCGGAAUCAAAGCCGGCACAGAAGAACGCGGCGACAAACCGCCCGGCUUCUUCGCCAAACUUCUCAGGCGUCACUGAUCUCGCGUUCGUCAGCAGGACGGUGACUUCCGAGUUGAAUCGGUUCUGUCGCGCAACUCCAAACUCACUUUACUCAUGUGGUGGUGACGUGCCUCACGAGUGCCACUCAUUUUGAGCUUUUCCAGUGUGAAAUGUGGCUUGGUCCAUUAUCAUUUUUGUUUGUUGAAACGUUUUAGUCGUAAGUGGAGGUAUAACGAUAAAUUGAUCUGGAUCAAUACAUCAGUGGGUUAACUCAUCAACUCCUAUUGAUAGCAAGAGACAUCCAAUCCAUUUGAACUGAAACCCUCCCAAUUCAAAUCAGAAGCAUGAACAGAGCUUUCAUCACGUUUCAUCGACGUUCUCUUCCAAGUCAAUGCAUUGACAUUAAAAUUAAGUCACGACGACAAACCCUAGCAAAAAGCAUGGAAUCGCCAGUCUCGGACGAGCACUCACCCAGACAUUUUAUCAUGUAGAACAAACUCAGAUAAAAAGCUUAAAAAAAUGAUAAAUUAAUUCAAAAUUGCAACUCUUUAGCAUUCAGAAACACUAAAAGAAAUGAAUACGAAACAUUGUGGUGGUCAGUAAAUGUUAAUUCAAGAGAGGAAGUGCAGGGAGAUACAUAUAGAAUCACUUCAUUCUGAGGAAAAAAAAAUAUGGAAUCUUGAGAAACAAACAAAGAAAUAACAAUCAAAACACAUCUCUAGUAUUUAGUAGCACCACCUCUGGCUUUUAGGACAGCUUGCAGUCUCUGAGGCAUGGACUUGAUGAGUGUAUUCUUCAUCAAUUUAGUGCCAAUUAUUUUUGAUAGCAGUUGCCAGAUCAUCUGUCAAGUUAAAAAAUAGACCCUUAGGUAGACAUAUGUAAAAUUACCCCAAAAUAAGGAGAGAAGACACUCAGUUUUCUUGGCCAAGGAGAGCAAAAGAGGGACUAGCCAGAGAAAUGCUAGAUUACGCUGUAUAGUCCCCAAAAUUGAUCUAAGGAAAAACCCUCCUUGCUAUUUUUAUUCAGGGGUUUGUCCUAACAUAGAAAGGGUGCCGCCCUGAGGGAGGGGAGAGCAAGCUGGAGACACCCAUGUGAUUUUGGUUGGCUAUGUGUGAGCAUGUAGGUGGAACUAACUAAAUACACGUGUGUAAGCAAAGGCACAUGUAAACAACGGUCAAAAUGACCCAGACACUUCAGUUAUGCAUGGAAGUGGAUAUCCAUGGAAGAUGUCCUCGAAUGGAAAAUUUUCCUCGAAGGUCUAGACGAAAGUCCAGACGCCAGGUGCUGACGAUGUCUCGGAAGGUCUAGUUACGCAAUGAUGCGGCCAUGAAGCAAGGCAGUUGUCAUCCCGACCCUCUUUACUCUUUGUAACACUUAAACAUUAUACUACAACCUAGUAUAUCAAGCAAUAAUCAUUUACUGGUUAUAUCAAUAAGAGAAAAAUAUGGCAAUAUGUAUUAUUUAUGGUCUAUAUGAGCACAAGCAAAUAUUCAAUGAAUCAAACAAAUAUUUAAUCAAUCAACCCUCGAUAAUUACCUCAACAUCAUCCUUGCAGGUCGGAGCCUUGCUGUGGAGCAUUUUUUUCCGAAUGGUGUACCGCAAGCAACACGUCACUUCCGUUCAUUAAUAUUCAUGACAUUAGCUACUGUUGCUAAGUAGCGACAAGCCACCGGUUGUCCCUAAUAGGAAAUGAAUGGAAAUUGUGUACGAAGGAGAUGUUUACAGAGCUAAACCUACCAAUUCUCUCCGAAAACGAUGUGCCUGGUGCCAAAUUCACUGGCAAGGAUGUGGAAGAACAUAAUAAUGUUCAGUUAAAGAGAUGGCUUGAGUGUCGAAGGCUGAAAAAGACAAAAAAAAAAACGAGCCGACCUAAGCAUAGCCUUAGCUUUUUUAUCGAUGCGACGGACAAUGACAUUCUCCAUUUCCAACAAGUUGUCCUUUACCAUCAGCCCUGUCUUUCUUAUACAGUAUAUCCUCUGGUUGUCCUACGUCUCUUACCGUUCUUGGGGGUAAUUUAGUUAGCUUUGUGUAGCAAUCGCAAAUGCUACUCCGUGACAGCCAACGAACACUUUUUUUUUCAUUGAUAACAAAUCUUAAUUCUAUAAUUUAUUUACAUUUCCCCCUUACUAAAGUUUUUUUUUUUUUUAUAUAUAUACUGUACACACACACACACAUAUAUAUAUAUAUAUAUAUAUAUAUAUAUAUAUAUAUAUAUAUAUAUAUAUAUAUAUAUAUAUAUAUAUAUAUAUAUAACAAACGGUAACAGUGGCAGUCAGAUACCAUUGUAAUUCUUUUCAGGUCAUUCAUUGUCAGACAGAAACAGUACGGCACAACGUUACGCUAAAAAAAAUAAGUAAAAAAAUUUUUUAAAAAAGCAAAUACAAAAAGCAAUACGUGAUCGGCAUGUUCGUUUUUGAAAGCUUACCGGAGAAAAGUGGCACAAAUUACGUUGUUUCUAUGCGAGGGCGGGUGUAUAAUGUCCCACUUCGGCUUUACUUCUGCUUUACAAUGCGACGUCACAGUCUAUAGCAGCGGUCUCAAACCGACUCCACAAAGGGCCGCAGUGGGUCCUGGUUUUUGUUCCAACAGAUCCAGCACAAACAGUUCAACCAAUGAGGUUUCUACUAACAUAAGCAGCACCUGAUUGCAAUCAACUGAUUACACUUGUAAGAAACCAGAUUGGUGAAAAGGUAUUUGUCUCGUUUGGUUGGAAUGAAAUCCAGUACCCCCUGCGGCCCUUUGAGGACCGGUUUGAGACCACUGGUCUAUAGGGUUGAGAUCUGGGCUAUUUGCAGGCCAUGACAUUGACUGGACGAGUCUUUCUCCAAGGAAUGCUUUAACAGUUUUAGCACUUUGGCAUGAUGCAUUGUCAUCUUGGAAAAUGACAAACAUAUUUUCAAUUGAAGGGAUAAGAAAGCUGUCUAAAAUUUCAAUAUAAACGUGUGCAUUUAUUAAAGAUUUAACCACAGCCGUCUCCCCUGUUGCUUUUGCCUGACAUGCAGCCCCAUAUCAUCGAGAACUAAGGGAGUUUUGAUGUCUUUUUCAGG